GUGGAGGCGAAGUCAAGAUCGAGAGCCGUAAGGUGAACUUUAAGGAUAAAGCUCAGCCCAAGGUGGGCUCAAUGGAUAAUGUCAAUCAUGAACCUGGAGGCGGGAACGUUACGGCUGAGGGGGCGCAGGAGACUGCUGAGGGCAGCGCGGCUCCCUCUAGUGGUGUCUCUGCCACCCAGCCGUCAGCCGGCGCUGCCCAGGAGAAUGGGCUGAAGGAGGCCGGCCCCUGCAGGAGUGAGGAGCUCCGGGACCCACAGGGCCUGGACUCGCUCAUCCCUGAAACAAGUAAGUUUGUGUGUAACCCGGCCCGAGAAACCCGAAAAGACUGACCCCGUCAGACUAGAGGUCUUUUAGAACUGAAGACUCUCAUUCACCACAUUCACAUUCCAUU